AAAAUUCUUGUUUUAUACGUCCAAAUCCAUUCAAAUCUCAUACACACCGUCGGUGAGAGUAUUUUUUAUUUACAAAUAUACUCUUCAAUGACAAAUCACAUUUUGUCUGUAAAUAUCAUAUGGGAGAAAGACCUAAAUAGGAGUAAAAUAAAGCUUGAGAAUCAAAAUAGGACUCUCCACUUUUUAACUCGCAUAUACGACAAGUUUUUACGUGAAGGACAAAAAUAUCCUCCAUCUCCCACUUGACUGCCGUGCUCUCUGGAAAACAACAGACGAUCGAGCUACAUUUGCACUGGUCGAAAUUCAUAGACGGACCUUAAGUGACCAUGGGGGUGUUUGGUUAGGAGCCUAUCAGCCAUUUUUUGGCUGAUUUGACUCAUAUUUGGCUUUUUGACCAGAUUAAACAGCCAACAUGGUGUUUGGUUAAAUGGUUUUUUGAAUUGGCCUUUUGGGUCCAACAGCCGAAAUCUUAAACGCCAAAAACCUUAGCGUUUACUAAUGGCUUUUUCGCAUCUUUACCAUACUACCCAAGCAUCUUCCGAUCAAGGGAGAAAAAAUCUUACCCCAACCCACACCAGCUUCUGCCGCAGAGCAAAAGAAUUAUAUUGGGAGCUAUCUCUGUUCUAUGAUUUGCAAAUAUAUAUACCUCCUCCUAUAUAUCUUCAAUAUAUACAUAUAUACCUCGCGUGGUGGCUACGGGAGGAUCUAUCCAAGAAGAACCGAGCUCUUAUCCUUGGGAGACUGAUGUUAACUUCUCGCGUCUGGCCGAAUGACACCUCAUACGAUUCUCCUAUUCCUCUUC